UGGCAUGGCUGCCCUCAGCUUCGCGUGCUCGGAACGUACAGCUAAUGCUGCGAGUUAGUUCGGGUAGUCUCUGGGUAGCCGCGCGGGCUGCCAGGAUUUCCAGGUCCGAGGUUCUAAUCUCCUGUCGGCCCGCAGGCCUCAGGCUCUGAGGAGACUGGAUCCUUCCUUGGAUAUGUGGGAUCUCUCCUCAUCUUUAAUAUCGUUAUGGAUAAACAGGUUUUACAUUUAUAUGGGCCUUGCCUUUGGCAUCAGCCUUUGGAUUUGUGUCCAGAUUGUCAUCAAGAAGCAGGACAGGAACUCACAGGAGAAAUCUGUUCCAAAAACGACUCUGGAUUUGAUGACAAAUGGUUAUGUCUCCCUUGAAAAGAAGGAAAUCUUUGUGUCUGGAGUGAAGAUUUUCUAUGGUUCCCAAACUGGUACAGCAAAGGGAUUUGCAACGAUUCUUGCUGAAGCAGUUACCUCCUUAGAUCUGCCUGUGGCAAUUAUUAAUCUGAAAGAAUAUGAUCCAGAUGAUCUUCUGGUAGAAGAGGUUACUAGUAAAAAUGUCUGCAUCUUCCUGGUUGCUACAUAUACUGAUGGCCGACCAACUGAGAGUGCUGAGUGGUUCUGCAAAUGGUUAGAGGAAGCAUCCAGGGAUUUUCGAUUUGGCAAAACUUAUCUGAAGGGUAUGAGAUACGCCGUGUUUGGCCUGGGAAAUUCUGCCUAUGCAAGCUACUUCAACAAGGUUGGCAAAAAUGUCGAUAAGUGGCUCUGGAUGCUCGGUGCUCAUCGCGUAAUGACUCGAGGGGAGGGUGACUGUGACGUGGGCAGGAGCAAACAUGGCAGCAUUGAAGCUGAUUUCAGAGUGUGGAAGACCAAGUUCAUCUACCAGCUGCAGGCCCUCUGUAAAGGAGAGAAAAAAAAAUCCUGUGGUGGCAACUGCAAAAAAGGCAAAUGCGAAUCUAAUCAGCAUGGCUCGGAGGAAACGGAGCCAAGGCCCCACACUCCAGAUGAAUUGCAUCCCAGGGACACUGAGGAGGAAGAGCCCUGUGAGAGCUCCAGCGAGGAAGAGUUUGGUACUGAGGAUCGUCAGGGCCUAAAUUCUGUUGUUGAUGUUGAGGAUCUUGGCAAGAUUAUGGAUCGUGUGAAGAAAGAAAAGAAAGAAAAGGAGCAGCAGGAAGAAAAAACUAGUCUGUUCAGGAACACAGGGAAGAAUGAAGAUGGUGAAAGAAGAGCUAUGAUAACUCCUGCUCUCCGAGAAGCCCUUACUAAACAAGGUUAUCAGUUGAUUGGGAGCCACUCUGGGGUGAAGCUUUGCAGGUGGACAAAGUCGAUGCUUCGAGGGAGAGGAGGUUGCUAUAAACAUACAUUCUAUGGCAUUGAAAGCCAUCGCUGCAUGGAAACCACUCCAAGCUUAGCAUGUGCAAAUAAAUGUGUCUUCUGUUGGCGGCACCAUACCAAUCCAGUGGGCACUGAAUGGCGGUGGAAGAUGGACCAGCCUGAAAUGAUCUUAAAGGAAGCCAUCGAAAACCAUCAGAACAUGAUUAAGCAGUUUAAAGGGGUACCGGGUGUCCAAGCAGGGCGCUUUGAGGAAGGAAUGGCGGUAAAGCACUGUGCAUUGUCCCUUGUGGGAGAACCAAUAAUGUACCCAGAGAUCAACAGGUUUUUGAAGCUACUCCACCAUUGUAAAAUCUCCAGUUUCCUGGUCACAAACGCACAAUUCCCCAUGGAAAUCAGAAACCUCAAGCCAGUUACUCAGCUGUAUGUCAGUGUGGAUGCUAGCACCAAAGAUAGCCUGAAGAAGAUUGAUCGCCCACUCUUCAAGGAUUUCUGGCAAAGGUUUCUUGACAGUUUAAAAGCGUUGGCAGCAAAGCAACAACGCACUGUGUACAGACUGACGCUCGUGAAAGCAUGGAAUGUAGAUGAGCUCCAGGCCUAUGCUCAGCUCGUGUCCCUGGGAAAUCCUGACUUCAUUGAAGUGAAGGGUGUGACCUACUGUGGGGAAAGUUCAGCAAGCAGCCUCACCAUGGCCAACGUGCCCUGGCAUGAGGAAGUGGUACGGUUUGUUCGGGAGUUGGCGGAGCUGAUCCCCGACUACGAAAUCGCGUGUGAACACGAACAUUCCAAUUGCCUCCUGAUAGCGCACAAGAAGUUUAAGGUCGAUGGCGAAUGGUGGACGUGGAUCGAUUACAGCCGCUUCCAGGAGCUCGUCCAGGAGUAUGAAGAUAGCGGCGGAUCAAAAACUUUCGGCGCAAAGGAUUACAUGGCCAAAACUCCUCACUGGGCGCUGUUUGGUGCCAGUGAAAGAGGCUUUGAUCCCAAGGACACAAGAUAUCAGAGAAAGAACAGAUCAAAGGAUAUUUCUGGAUGUUGAGAUUAUCUGUCUUCAGGAUAUGAAAGGACAAAAAGCGGAUGGCCUCGGAAGGUUCUUGGACUCUACUGCAGUUUUUCCAAGGACAAAUUAUACAAAUGAUAUUUCAUAUAAAGGAGACUGGAGGGCAAACACGGGGACACAGAGACGGCAUCCACACUCGGAAAGCUCGGGACACAGCCCCACACUUCAUUACAGAGCUCGGUCCCUCUCCUGCUCUUCCUUCUGAGAGGAAAAUUGUUUUUGUGGGGGAAGUAAAACGAUCGUUAUGAGAAUAUAACUGAUGGUUUUGUACUGCAGUUAGUAAGGCUUGCUGGAGGGCUGUUCAUGAGAGUGUUGCACAGGGAAUAGACACGCAGGCCUCGUGGCCUCUCUGGGCCCUUGGCUCUCCGUGGAGUGGCCACUUAGCAUGGAACUGGACCGCCUGGAGCUCAGUGUGUCCGCUCCCACCGGGGUUAAGAACCUGAUCCCUUUCUUAUAUCUUAAGAUAACACCUCCUGAAAAUAAUUUAAGUUGUCACAAUGUCACAAUUCUCAAUUACUUUUAAAUACUGCAGAGGUUACUUUAGAUUUUUGUUUAUUACCAACCCUUUAUGAAAUCACGUUGAAUCUACUUAAUAAAACUGUGCCAGACCUCACCCCGUUCCCAUACAGAUUACCCAGAAGGUAGCGCAUGGGCUGGAUCAGAGCAAGUGCCCUGUCUGUGGGGGGUGGCCGCGUGACGGCAGUGAGGAAGCCAGUCUCACAAACACACUUUGGGACAGCGAGUCUCAUUUGCUUUCUGUUCCCAAGGUCGUGUUUGGGCCUCUUAUCACCACCCAGACAGCAGGUCCCAUCUUCUUUCACUCUUGCAGGCCUCGCUGCUUUAUACAAUCUGUACUUUAAGGUUCAAGUUUUUUCAAAUUAAAAAUAUCAUAAAUUCUCAA